AUGGGAAACAAGCGGAACAAGAGGGUUCUAAAGCUCCCUCGAAACUUUGCCUAUACUAAUUCGCCUCUUCUUCGCAGUGGAGCUGGCAUUCAACUCCUCCCUCUCACGCUAGAUUCGGCCCCCUCUUCCUCUCCUGAGACUCACCUACCCGCCUCCUACUCCGAAGCCCUCGCCCCUCCUCCCUGCACCGAAGUCCUCGCCCUUCUGCAUCGAUACCGCUCGCCCAAGAGAACUCCCACACUCGCCCAAUUCGGUGGAGCUGGCAUUCAACUCCUCCCUCUCACGCUCGAUUCGAUCCCCCUCUUCCUCUCCCAAGACUCACCUGCCCGCCUCCUCCCUACAUCGAAGCCCUCGCCCCUCCUCCCUGCACCGAAGCCCUCGCCCCUCCUCCCUGCACUGAAGCCCUCGCCCUUCUGCACCGAUACAGCUCGCCUGCUCUUCUCUCACGCUCGCCCAGAAGCACUCUCGCACUCGCUCGCUUCUCCCUCUCUCCCUCGCGAUUCGGCCUCCCCGCUCUCAACAGAACCAUUCGGCCCCUCUCCUUCUUCUCCCAGUUUCCUCUUCUUGGCUAGACAGAUUCGACCCCCUUCCCCGCUCGCCUCUUCCUCUCCUCACGUCGAACAGGUCGAAGCCGCUUGCCUCACCCUCACGCGCCUGCUUCGUCUUCCCCUCUCCCGGCUGCAUCUGCUCUCCUUUGCAUCGAAGCCCUCGCCUUCCUCUCCCACUCGCCCGCUCGCCUCGCCUCUGCACCAAAACCCGCUCAGCUUGCGUCUCCGUCACACCGAAACUCUCCCAGCAUUCGUCUCCUGCCCUCUGCACCAAGAGCUGCACACCCUUUACACCGAUCCAGCAACAAUCAUUCUUCUACUGGCCUAUAAUAAACAUGCAAGCUUUCCCUUUGUCACAGCAAACUCCAGCCGGCGAACUGCCCUCUGA